UAUCCCCUCAACCCCAUUCUUCUUCUUCAUCUUCUUCUUUCUUUCUGUUUUUUUUCUCACAUGUUGAUGAUGUCUACAUUCCUUCUUUACUCUCUGACCGCUUGACUCUGUUUAUUGUUUCUUACUCGUAAGCUGAAUUGUUUGCAAAUGAUGAAGAGUGAAAGUUGUGAAGAGACUCUGAUGAAGCUGAGAAAGAUAAUAGUGAGCCUUCAGAAUGAAAUUGACAAGAGGGAUCACAAGCUAUUCGAGAUGGAGUGUAAACAUAGUGACACACUUGAUUGUUUGCAAAAACUCAUUAUGAGGCUUACAGAGAAAAUUAAUUACAAAGAAAGAUGUCUGCUUGAAAUGGAAUGCAAGUACAAUGAAGCUUUGAGCAUGGUUGAGAAGUUGAAGAACGACAAAGAUGAGCCCCGUGAGGGAUGUUGCAAUGGUAUUCUAUAUUCUGGUAUAGGUGAAAUGUGUUUGUGAUGGAUCAUCAUCCUUUGUUUUGGAAAACUUGCUGGAAAGUCAAAAAUAUUCUUCAAUCUACUGGGCACUGGCACUUCUAUUUGCAAAUUCUACAUGGAUUAUACUUGAUUUUUGGUUUGAAACUGCCCUCAAUAUCUCUUAUGUGACACAUUUAUUUCUCAUUUUCUCCUAAAUUUGUUGUUAGGAGGAAGGAAUAUUGUAAAAUGUGUGUGUGAGUGUCAAAUGUCAUUGUUUGAAAAGGUUUUAGGGCAUGUUUGAGAUGUCAUAGACUCAUAGGGGUAGGGUAGAAGGUUCAACAGUCUGUUAUAGUGUUAUGUUAUUAUAUAGGUGAAUUCUAUGGUGCCUAUAACUUGGUGCCUAACUUACUUUUUAUGACAACUUUUGAAUAUUUAAUGAUUAUUUACUUUUAUACUUUUAAAACUAAAUAUUGAUUUUUAACCCUUUUUGGUAAGUUAGACAAACACUUUUAGGCACCGUAGCAAUCACCAUAUAUAUAUAUGCAACCCUUUUAGAGUGAAUGAGUUAAAGAAGAAAAUAUUUAGCCAACUAGUGUAGUUCUCGUAGUUCUUAGUUUUCUUUAGCUUAAGGAGCCUCCCAUCCCUAGAAGGAAGAAUUAUUCAAAUUUUCCAUAACGGUUGUCCAUACACAGGCUUAAACAUUUUGAACUGAGAGUUGCUUUCAAAAUAUCUUUGGAAUUUACUUGUAUAUGUUUACCAUGUUUUCUUCUUUUAAGCUUAAAUGUUUAAAGGAAGAGCAUGGGAAGAUUACCAAGCAAUUGGAGGAGAGUAAGGCCCUAAAUGAACUGCAGCAGAAAAAUUUUAUUGAGGAGAUUCAAAAGUUAAGAAGGGAGUUACACAAUCAGAGUGAUGUAGAAAGUGAUGAAGAAAGUGCUGGUAAUUUGAACACUGCAAUUACAACUUUUCAAAAUCAGUUGAAGGACAAAAUGGAAUAUUUGGAGCGUGUGGAAAACCUUAACAGUUUCCUGGUAGUUAAAGAGCAAGAGUAUAAGCAAGAACUACUUGAUGCUCGUAAAGAAUCUAUAAAUAGUUUACAAGACAUGUUCGGUAGUCGAUCUCAACUUGGAAUUAAAAGAUUGGGAGAAUUAGAUCCGAAACCUUUUCGAGAUUCGUGCUCGCAGAAGUACUCAAAUGAACCAUGGCAAGAGAUAUCCGCCAUGCUAUGUUCAUCAUGGGAGGAGAAUCUGAAGAAUUCAGCUUGGCAUCCUUUCAAAAUAACCGAGGUCAAUGGUGUUUUACAGAAGAUAAUAGAUGAAAAUGAUGAAAAGCUGAAAUUGCUGAGAGAUGAGCAUGGUGAAGUGGUAUACAAGGCUGUCACAGAUGCACUGAUGGAAAUAGAAGAAUACAAUUCCAGUGGAAGGUACACUGUGCCAGAAAUUUGGAACUGGAAGGAGGGAAGGAGAGCCACACUGAAAGAAAUUAUCCAAUACAUUAUCAGGCAAUUGAAGACUCACAAGCGCAAAAGGAAGGUCUGAUCUUGUAACUAAGAGCAUCAGAAGCUGUAGAUUUGUGGAGGAAAAAUGUAUGAAGUGCCUAAGAGGAUCAUAAGAAUCUUCAUUUCUCAAAUGUAGCAGUGAUGCAUAUCCUCUCAAAAGAGACCAUUACUAGCACUAGCAGCACAUGCUUCAGCAGAACUGCUACAUAAGUAGGUGUACAAAAUACAUGUAGAAAAACAUUUACACUCUCUUUUAUCUACUAUAUACUAUAUAUAAUCUACUAUA